AUGUGCUUUCAUAAACCCUAAUCUUGUUAAACCUUAUUACCCUCUUUACCCCUUUAAUGUGAAACUACAGGUUCUUGAUGCUUUCACGCAAAAAUUCGCGCACCAGGUCUAUUCGGAGCAUCCAGUCCAGUUCCACUACACCGACCAAGUGCAUUGCACAUCCCUCUAGAAAUUCCUUUAAAAACCCAGGGCAUCUAAACUUUGUCCAAAGAAAUUUCGGCCAUUUCGCUCGUGAAAAUGCUGGAAGAAUCCGACCAGAUGCUCACUGUCUUGUUCCGCGAUCUAAAUCCAACUCCCUCGGCCUACUCCAAUCCUCUCACCGCCCCUCUCCUGGAAUGCUUCGAUUUCAGCGUUAUUUAUCCGUGAGGAAAGCCACGGCAGACGAUACGCUGCUCUAUAAGCUCGAUGCCGCCGCACAAGCGGAAGCUCUAGAAUCUGGAGGCCUUCUCAGGUACUGGUAUGGUCGAUUAAACGCACAGAGGGAAUGCCUUGCGAUGUGUGUAUGGUCAUCGAGAGACGCCGCGAUUCGAGCCGGCACACUGCCGGCACACAUCCAAGCCGCGUCCGUAGCGCACAGGAUGUACGAUACGUACUCUUUGGAGAGAUACUGGCUCGAACUCUCGCCGUCUGGAUCCCCAGAUCGGCGCCUCACCGUCACGCUAAAUACGAUUAGCCAAACCAAACCGUAGCGAUUUUUUAACGGUAAGUAAUCCGGCCCCGAGCGUCCGUUUUUACGUGCGUGCUUUGGAAAUGAUCUGCCAUGCUGAGGUGGGCAGAGGACAGCCCUUGGAUUUUUAUAGGGCGAUUUAUUGUCAGGGGAUCUUGUUUGUUACAAUCGUUGAUUUUUAAAAAUCGUGCCGGGAAUGAUCAUGCCAA